UGCUCGCAGCUGGUUUCCGCCCAGUCUGGGAUGACUCUGCGCAGUCCAGUAUCCAGGGAGUUGUAAAACCGCGUGCCGCCCCCCAGUCGCCAAGUCCUUGCGCCCAAGUGUGCGCGGCCCCCAGAGGCGGCUAUCCACGAACCGGCCCAGCUGUUUGACCCGCCGUCCCCACCCUCUGACCAGUAGCUGGGAAGAGUGGAUCUGGCUGCUGUUCUCAGAGCCCUGGAGCCGGGGCGGAGCGGGGCGGCGGCUCCCACGAUCCCAAGGCCGUGCACCUGCCUCCUCCCCCUCCCCUGCCCCACCUGAGGGCUUGGGAACAAAGGUGCUUUGUACAGGACGCAACCACCUCAUUAUUUCGACUUCGGGAAUGGGGCCGCGUGGGCCCCCAGCCCAGAAUGAAGGUGUGGGGCGGAAAGGGACAGGCGCCAACCCCAAGGUGGGCACUAAGGCUCCGUAAGGGGGGAGGAGGGAGAGGGUGAGGGGCGAUCUGUCGCAGAAGGCGAUCUGUCCCUUCCACUCGCGCUAUCCCUGAAAAGGCAAAAAGGGGCAAUAUGCUAAGGUGGAGCUGGACGGGCUUCGUGGGUCCUCGCCUGUGCCUCACUUUUUCCUCUUUCUGGCCAAAGGCCGUGUGCUCCUAUUUAAAUCUUCCCAAUUUGAAAUAAGUCUUCCUACCUACCCGGUACUAACGCAGACACGAUAGACGCGACCUCCCUAAAGCGAACUCCCCGACAGUGGACUGCGUCGCCCCUCCCGCCGCCUCGUGACACGGUGCAGCCCCGGUGGGAGCGCGGCGAGCCUGGCGCGCGCCUCGGCGCACACAGGGUUAACAGGAGUUGACUCCGAGCGGGGAGGCGGGGGUGCGCCCCCAUUGGUGGAAAGUUACCCGGGGGCGUGGCCUGCGAGUCUCUGCACCCCACCCCCAGUUCCGCACCCCCCCCACCUCCACUUUGUACCUUUCUCGCGGCGGCAGAGAAGCGGGCCGGGACCGGCCGGACCAGACCAGAGCGGACCCCGGGGGCGAUGCGGCUGCUGCCCCUGCUGCGGACUGUCCUCUGGGCCGCGCUCCUCAGCUCCCCGCUGCGAGGGGGCUCCGGCCUCCGCCACGCUGUCUACUGGAACUCCAGUAACCCCAGGCUGCUUGGAGGAGACGCCGUGGUGAAGCUGGAGCUCAACGAUUACCUAGACAUCUUCUGCCCGCACUAUGAGGGGCCGGGGCCCCCUGACGGCCCCGAGACGUUCGCGUUAUACAUGGUGGAGCGGCCAGGCUACGAGGCCUGCCAGGCCCAGGGGUCGGGCGCCUUCAAGCGCUGGGAGUGCGCCCUCCCCUUCGCUCCCUUUGGCCCAGUUCGAUUCUCUGAGAAGAUUCAGCGCUUCACACCCUUCUCCCUCGGCUUUGAGUUCUUGCCUGGAGAGACCUACUAUUACAUCUCGGUACCAACUCCCGAGAGUUCUGGCAAGUGCUUGAGGCUCCAGGUGUCUGUCUGCUGCAAGGAGAGCAAGUCGGAGUCAGCCCAUCCUGUUGGAAGCCCAGGAGAGAGUGGCACGUCAGGGUGGCGAGGGGGAGGUGCUCUCAGCCCCCUCUGUCUCUUGCUGCUGUUCCUGCUGCCAAUUCUGCGCCUCCUGCGAGUUCUCUGAGCCAAGCAGACCCCUCCUGCUACGCCCAGGAGCCAGAGCCCUCCCGAGACUCCCUGGAGGAGGGGCCCCUGCCGCUCGAGCUGGGAGCAGUCAAGCCAGCCAGACCAACGGAAGAGUGAUGGGGAGGUCAGAGGGUCUGAGGUGACCCUUCCAGGCGCUGGCCCCUUAUCACAGGCUGAAGGGGAGCUGCAUACAGCCCUGGGCACCCUGGAGCCCAGGCAAACAUAGGGUCUCUGUCAGCUGCUUUGACAUUCUCGUCCUGUCACCCCCAGAAAGACUGGGAUUUGGUGGGAUUGAACCCUUGAGUCUGUUGGGGCCAAGACCGAAGACCUGGGGACAGGUGGAUUGCCAGACCAGGGCAAGGGAGAAGGCCUGCCAUCUGUGCCCAGGACCCUGUGGGCCUCUUCCCUGGGGCAGCAUCUUCCCCUCCCCAGGGGGUCACUCACUUGUCUUCUAUGAAGACGGACUUGCUAUGAGGUUGAAUAUCAUGCCAGUUUGUAUUUUUAUAAGUGUCCGGACCAAACCCUCAAUAAACCACCCAACUUUCGGUUGCUCU